UUAUCUGAAAAAUGAAAAGUACACAGCACUAGAAUAUCCGGAUAUACACACACAAAUAAAAAAACAAACAUUUUUCGUCUUAAUUCUUAAACUAAAACAUGAUGUUGCAAUCAUAAAGCCUUUGUGUAAAAAUGACAGAGGACCUUUAAUUAAAUCAUAUUUUACAUGUGCUUCUCGGCGUUGCUAUCCAAAUGCAUGUGUCUAUUUUGAUGUCGUCUUAACUUGAAACAAGCUCCAAUCAAGCCAUAUUAAAAUAAAAAAUGGAUACAUUUGAUGUGUCAGAUAAGAGCAGCUGGUACUUUGGUCCAAUGUCCCGACAAGACGCUACCGAAGUAUUAAUGAACGAGCGUGAACGUGGAGUGUUUUUAGUCCGUGACAGCAACUCGAUAGCAGGAGAUUACGUGCUCUGUGUAAGAGAAGAUACUAAAGUUAGCAACUAUAUAAUCAACAAAGUUCAACAACAGGAUCAAAUAGUAUAUCGAAUUGGUGAUCAGUCGUUUGAUAAUCUGCCAAAACUUUUGACAUUUUACACAUUGCAUUACUUGGACACCACACCACUAAGGCGGCCCGCGCAAAAAAAAGUUGAAAAAGUAGUUGGAAAAUUUGAUUUUGUUGGCAGCGAUCAAGACGACUUGCCCUUUCAAAGAGGAGAAGUUCUUACUGUAAUACGAAAGGACGAAGAUCAGUGGUGGACUGCACGUAAUUCAACUGGGCAAGUUGGACAAAUACCAGUUCCUUAUGUGCAAAGGUAUGAAGACUCAACAGAUGAGGACGUAUUCGAUAACCACGUUCUUGGACAUCCGAGUUCUACUAUCGGACGAUUGAAUAAUACGUCUGACCCGCCAACAGUCUCUUGCAAUCUUUUUGGUAACAUGUUAAAACGGACCGACCUGAACCGCAAACUGCCAGCGUUCGCUCGUGUAAAACAAUCGAGGGUGCCCAAUGCAUACGACAAGACGGCAUUAAAAUUGGAAAUAGGUGACAUUAUUAAAGUCACUAAAACUAAUAUAAAUGGCCAAUGGGAGGGGGAACUAAAUGGACGCAAGGGCCACUUCCCAUUCACUCACGUUGAAUUUGUCGAUGAUUGUGAUUUAGGAAAUAACUGUGGAGAGGUACGUUUAAAUAUCGCCAAUAACGAUUGGGUGGAGCAAUAAUAUUAUUACUGGAUCAUUUUUAUUUAAAUGUAUGACAAAAUGUAUCGAGAAAUAACAGUAAGAGGUGCAUACCAAUUGUUAAUACAUAUAUUAAAAAUAUUUAAUCAUA